UUGUAAAUGUUUGGUCUCUUUUUGUCACGUUGCAUUGCAGUAUAUUUGCUUGCUCGUCUAGCAAUAUUUUGAUUUCUUGAUUCGUGACUUUGUUUUGGAAGUAAACUUUGCCAAAAUUACAAACUUUAUUUUGUAGUUUUCGUCUAUCUUCAAUCUCAAUCAAAUCUGUUUUAAGGUCACAACCAUGAGUCCACCAAAAGGUUUCCAGUUCGCUAUAGACCGAGGAGGCACGUUUACGGACGUGUAUGCUCGGUGUCCAAGCGGCAAGGUGCGGGUCAUGAAACUGCUGUCGGUGGACCCACAGAACUAUGAUGAUGCUCCGAGGGAGGCUAUUAGGAGGAUACUUCAGGAGGAAACAGGCAACGCAUUAGACAAAGACGGCAAAGUCAACACGUCCCUGAUAGAGUCAAUCCGUAUGGGCACCACCGUGGCUACCAACGCAUUACUGGAGAGGAAAGGAGCCAACAUGGCGCUAGUCAUCAAUAAAGGGUUCAAGGACCUACUGUUCAUCGGCAACCAGGCCAGGCCGCAUAUAUUUCAGUUGGACAUCAAAAGACCAAGCGUCCUAUACACCGAGGUCGUCGAAGUGGACUGCAGAGUCAUACCAGCUCUAGAAGACCGCUGUAAAAUGGACAAACCUGCACAAUGGCGUAAAGUCACAGGGACAACUGGAGAGAAGAUGCUGGUAGUCAAAGACCUGGAUGAGGAAGCUGUGAGGAAUGAUCUGCAGAGGCUGAGAGCGAAAGGGAUAGAGAGUAUUGCUGUUGUGCUCGCACAUAGCUACACUUAUCAUGACCAUGAAGUGAGGAUUGGGAAGAUUGCGAGCGAUAUGGGAUUCACCCAAGUGUCCCUCUCACACGCCAUAACCUCCAUGGUGCGUCUUGUUCCGAGGGGACACACGGCGAGUGCGGACGCGUACCUCACGCCUCACAUCAAGGAGUACCUGCGAGGGUUCUCACAGGGCUUCUCUGGGCGCCUGGAGGGAGCUAACGUGUUGUUUAUGCAGAGUGACGGAGGGCUGACUCCUAUGAAUCUGUUUAAUGGUUCUCGAGCCAUUCUUUCGGGGCCCGCGGGUGGUGUGGUUGGGUACGCUAUGACGUCAUACCAGAAAGAGACGGGCUUGCCAGUCAUAGGUUUCGACAUGGGCGGUACAUCUACAGACGUGUCGCGGUAUGCAGGCUCUUUGGAACACGUACACGAGGCCACUACAGCCGGCGUUACUAUACAGGCCCCGCAGCUGGAUAUCAACACAGUGGCUGCAGGCGGUGGAUCAAUGCUUUUCUUUAGGUCGGGGCUCUUCGUUGCGGGGCCCGAGUCCGCAGGGGCCGAGCCGGGGCCCGCCUGCUACAGGAAAGGAGGGCCCCUGACUGUCACUGACGCUAACCUGUUGCUUGGCCGCUUGCUCCCCGAAUACUUUCCGAAAAUAUUUGGGCGCAACGAGAACGAGCCUCUAGACAAAGAUGCGACCGUUGCAGCCUUCAAAAAGAUGACCAAUGACAUCAAUGGUUUCCUGAAAGAAGAUGGAGGCAAACAGAUGAGCAUGGAAGAAGUAGCCAUGGGCUUCAUCAAUGUUGCCAACGAAGCUAUGUGCCGACCGAUCAGAGCCCUAACCACGGCUCGAGGGCACGACGCGUCGCAACACGCGCUGGCAUGCUUCGGCGGCGCGGGCGGUCAACACGCGUGCGCCGUGGCUCGACAGCUGGGGAUAGCCACUGUGCUGAUACAUAAAUACGCAGGUAUACUAUCAGCGUAUGGCAUGGCAUUAGCCCACGUAGUUCACGAGGCCCAACAGCCGUACGCGGCGGUGUACUGUCGCGACAGCUUCCAGCAGAUCGACACCCAGUUAGAUGUAUUGGCGGCUGUCUGCAGGGACAAGCUUAGAGCACAGGGCUUCUCAGACUCGCAAAUAGUGACGGAGCCGUAUCUACACCUGCGCUACGCGGGUACCGAUUGCGCGUUGAUGGUGGCGCCCUCUGCCGGCGACUCGUCUACGGCUUGCAAACACGGGGAUUUCUAUGCGGCUUUUGUGGACAGAUACAAGAACGAGUUCGGCUUCACGCUGUCAGAGCGAGACGUGUUGGUGGAUGACAUCAGAGUGCGUGGAGUAGGCAUGAGUCAGGUGCCCGAUGCCGUGGCGCCGCCUAGCGGGAAAGGCACUAAACCGGUGGCGGAAAAGUCAGUGAAAGUAUACUUCGAAGGUGGAUACCAGGACACCCAGAUAUUCCUGCUGGAGAACCUUAAGCCUGAGCAGGAGAUACCAGGGCCUGCCAUCAUCAUGGACAGUCUGUCCACCAUACUUGUGGAGCCCAAUUGCCGAGCUGAAAUAACCAAAUACGGUGACAUUCGUAUAACCAUCGGGUCGGGUAAACCCAAGAAAGUGACGGCUGACCUGGACUCCAUACAGCUCAGCAUAUUCUCGCAUCGGUUCAUGUCCAUUGCUGAGCAGAUGGGCAGGGUUCUCCAACGGACUUCCAUAUCAGUCAACAUAAAGGAGCGCCUAGACUUCUCGUGUGCCUUGUUUGGGCCAGACGGCGGACUUGUCUCCAACGCGCCUCACAUUCCAGUGCACUUGGGUGCUAUGCAGGAGACUGUGCAAUAUCAGAUGAAGGUCCGCGGAGACUCCUUGAAGCCAGGAGACGUGUUGCUGGCCAACCAUCCGAAGGCUGGAGGCUCGCACCUGCCCGACUUGACCGUCAUAACUCCAGUAUUCUAUGGCUCGAACCCGCGUCCAGUAUUCUUCGUGGCGUCCCGCGGGCACCACGCAGACAUCGGCGGCCUGACGCCGGGCUCGAUGCCGCCGCACUCGGCCGCGCUGGCGCAAGAGGGCGCGGCCUUCCGCUCGCUCCUGCUCGUGGACGGGGGGCGGCUCAAUGAGGAGCAGCUGGUUGAAGGACUCAUGAAGCCAGGCAAGGAACCAGGCUGCUCUGGGACAAGAAAUCUGGCUGACAACCUUUCAGAUUUGAAGGCACAAGUAGCUGCUAACCAAAGGGGUAUCCAACUAGUGGGUGAAUUGAUAGACCAUUACGGUCUGGACGUGGUCCAAGCGUACAUGACUCAUAUACAGAAGAACGCUGAGCUUGCGGUCAGAGACAUGCUCAAGGAAAUAGCUAGGAACGCUCUCCAAAAGACCGGCUCCACCGUGCUGAAAGCAACCGAGUAUAUGGAUAAUGGUACCCCCAUAGUUCUCACCGUCACCCUUGAUGAGAAGCAAGGCAGUGCCGUCUGCGACUUCACUGGCACAGGGGUGGAAGUGUGGGGUAACUUGAAUGCCCCCCGAGCGAUCACCCUGUCUGCCCUCAUCUACUGUUUGCGGUGCAUGGUCGGGCAUGACGUGCCUCUUAACCAGGGCUGCCUGAACCCAGUAAAAGUUGUGAUCCCGAGCGGUUCCAUCCUGGACCCGUCAGACGGCGCGGCGGUGGUGGGAGGGAACGUCCUCACUUCCCAGAGGAUCGUGGAUGUGGUGCUGAAGGCUUUCCAGGUGUGCGCAGCGUCUCAAGGAUGCAUGAACAAUUUGACCCUCGGCGAAGAAAGCUGGGGUUACUACGAGACGGUCGCUGGUGGUAGCGGUGCUGGCCCCGGCUGGCACGGCGCAGGAGGCGUGCACACCCACAUGACCAACACUCGCAUCACGGACCUGGAGGUGGUAGAGCGAAGAUACCCUAUGCUACUGACCGCCUUCAGCCUGCGGCCGGGCUCGGGCGGCCGAGGUCGCUGGAAUGGAGGCGACGGUGUUAUCAGAGAGUUAGUGUUCCGUCGCACUGUGCAGCUCUCAGUAUUAACUGAGAGACGCGCCUUCCAACCUUAUGGGAUGAAUGGAGGGGAGCCGGGCGCACGAGGGCUCAACUUACUGCAGCGGGCCGACGGCCGACUUAUCAACUUGGGAGCAAAGAGUUCGGUCGUGGCGUACCCAGGAGAUAAAUACAUAAUGAAUUCCCCCGGAGGCGGUGGGUACGGGAGACCCGACGCCACUACCGGUGACGCACAAACUGACAAACAGUACAGCGAGUUCCUCGAGAGAGGCAGCGUUUACGAGUACAGGAGCGCGCAGGAGUCGGUAUAAGUUUUUUUUUAAAUCUACUAAGUUUUACUUUUAUGCCAAAUAUUUUUUUAACUUGUUAAGUACAUAAAAUAUUUUAUAGAUAUUAAAAUAGGGUAGAAAAACCCUUUAUCAAUAAGAACAUAAGAUUUUACAAAAUAUACAGGGUGUCCCAGAAUGGGUGAAUCAAACUGCUAGGGGAGGUAGCUCUACUAAUGUACUAUCCCUAAAAAUAUGAAAAAAAAAAUUGAGUUCGGAUUUUUGUUUUAAAUAAAAUGCUCUAAACUCUAAAUCUACUCAUUAUUUUCAAAAGUUUGUUUACAGAUAAACGAAGCGAUCAUGUACAGUCACGGAAUGAAAAGGUUCGUCAGUUUUCAAAUUGAUUCCUUCAACGAAUCGCGAGCACAUAUUACCUGUUGAAACUAUGUUACAGAAUAAUCUCGAGUUAGAGAAAAUAAUCUUUAACUGUUCGUCAGUAAAGUUCAAAAUUAUUCAGAUCAAAGUUGUUUGACGAUUUAUCUUGUCAAGAAGAUUAUUAUGAUUGAUAAACUAAAACCUUCUUGUUGGUUCAACCUGCCAUUAUUAUUUCUAUUAAAUAAAAAAAACUAUUGUCAAUUGGUCAAUGUCAUCAUUGCAUUGCACUGAUGGGAUAGAAAAUUAAACAAGCAAAACCUUAUUUGUUAGCAAACGUCAUAUUUAUUUAAAUGUUAGCAGCACUGUUUCUUGCACUGUUAUGUUGGCAGGUUUGACUCUUACAGUACCUACCUAGUGCAAGCGAAAACCGACACUAAGGUGACGAACCUUUUCAUUCUGCGACUGUACAUAAAAUAUUUUACAGAUAUAAAAUAGGGUAGAAAAGCCCUUUAUCAAUAAGUAGGUACCAUCGGCAACAGUUUUAAGUUUUAACUAUCCAUUGCCUGUCAUGUCGUCUCGUUCUAUCGCAAAGAUUCGCCAUUUGAUGAGAGCGAGAGCAAAAACGGAAAUGGAUAGUUAACAGUGUGGCCGUGUGUACAUAAAAUAUUUUACAAAAUAUAGAAUAGGGUAGUGAAACCCUUUAUGAAACAAAUUAAUAAAAAAAAACAUUUGUCUAUGGGUGCUAUAAUGUGUUUUUUUACCGUAUGUAAAAUGAAUAUGAUAAUUUAAUGAAAUCAGUGAAUUACAUAAUAAGAAAAACAAAUAAAAAUCAUUAUUGUUUGUUGAUAUUUAUAUUGGCUUAUAAUAAUUUAAGGCCAUAAUUGUUGAAUAUUUACAUUAUUUUAUUAUUAUUUUUAAUAACAAUUGCAUAACUUUGUGAUAAAUACAAUAAUAAUCAAUUUAUAAAAAUAUAAUUUUACAGUAUGAAAUAUAAGUAGGGUAAACCGUAUAGCUAUUGCCCACUUAAAGAUUUCAAACACAUGAAGAUAAAAAAUUAAAGAAAGUAUUUUAAUUAUCGACCAUUUAUGACUUUUUUCUUAUAACUCAAUAAACUGUUAAACAGAAUAUUAACAGUUUUUAGUUAAAACUUACGUAACUUAGAAAAUAUUGAAAUAAAGGACAUUGUCAGAAACCGCCUAAAAAACCGCCCAAAAACAUUAACCCAUCAUAAUUAUUUUCUAUUUUUUUUAAUACAUUAAGCACCCUUUCAUUCUAAUGGACACUUAAGCAUUGAAAAAUUAAAUAAAUAAGUCUUUUAACGUUUAUUCUAUAAUACUAUUACAACUUCCGGACGUUUUGGUGCGUGGCAUGGUCUAAAACCUAUCAAGUUCCAUAAUUUUUGCCGAUAAAAUCUGUACGAGGCAUUACCGUACUUUAUUGCUGGGAGUCCAUGUAUAGUGAUGUUCCUGCGGCCAUCAUAGACAAUAAAAUAUCGAUUUUGAAAAUAAAAUAAAUCGAUUAAACUGCUUUGAAGACUAGAGUUGCGUUAAAAGCUAAAAAGAUAUUGACAGUUUGACACUAUUACAAGAAGAUAUCUAAAGUGUCCAACUGGUCGAAGGUCGUAAAUAAAAUAAAAAUAAUUAGGACCAUAAACUGAUAUUCAUGGUAUCAUAACUGUAAAAGUGUCAGAAUCCGAUGUUGAAUCCAAUGCCAGUUGAAGUGUGAGAAACAUACCUAUAUAUUUUUUUUUAUGUGACAGGAGGCAAAUGAGCAGACGGAUCACCUGAUAUCAACCUAGUAUAGUUGCCAGUCUCUCAUAAUCUAUGCCAAUGAGGGUUUUCGCGAUUGAAAAAUCCGCCAGAUGGCAAUACGUAGACGUGAGGUCCAAAUGCUGCAUGAUUGGUUAUUUUUGACAUGACAUUGACAGAUAUCCACCAAUCAUGCAGCAUUUGGACCUCGCGUCUACGUAUUGCCAUCUCGCGGAUUUUUCAAUCGCGAAAACCCUCAUUCAUAGCACAUGUAUAAUAAUAGACCAAAUGAACUUUUAUAGAUUGUGAAAGAGAAGAUAAAGAUUUUAUUAUUUUAUUAAAAUCUUGCCACGAGGUAGUUUUUCAGUAGAAACCAGGAUUGGAUAAUCGCUACAGGCAAGUAUCAGAACAUUUUAUAAAUAUUUUUAAUCGAUUAUAUCCAUGUGAAUCGUUUUAAUAAAUUGUCAUUUUACUUUUUCAAUUAAAACUUUUUCAAUCCCUAGUCUUGUCAAACUGUCAUAAUGUCAACAAAUUAUAAAUGUCACGUCAGUUGACUCAAUUUCAGUCUUCUGUGCGUUUAUUGUAUUUUUAUUUCAAUGAAAUAGUGCUAAAGGGUUAGUACUAAAACUGAAAGCCUUUUUUCAGAAAGAAAACCAAUGUGGUGCCCUUAUUAUUCAUGCUGUUUGAAAGUUACAAGUCAGUGAUACAGAGUUGCCGACAUUAUAACUCCGUAGUGAUACCAUACCAAAGAAGAAGUUUUCCUAAACACUUGUGUUGUUUUUAUAUGUGAUCGAAUAAAAAGGAUUAAUUCUACUGCUCAAAUGGAAUAACUUAUCCCAAGAGACCGAAUAUAAAAAAACCUCUCCAUAGAAAUUAUCACCAUCACGAGGAUGUGAAUUUUUUUGAGAAUUUGAUAUUGGUCCUGUAAGAAAAGUAGUUGUAUUUCAGUAGUAGAAUCAACCCUUCUUGUUUCAUCAGCAAGAGUAACUAUAAAAACGCCCUGUAGGUAGGUAUUAUUAAGCUGAAGAGUUUGUUUAGUGUCAAAGACUGUCACACAGUGUAACUUAAAUUGGCAUAUUAUGAUAAUGAACAUAAAAACUUAAAUAAAUAUUUAUGUUAAUA